AUGCGGAAGCAAGAAAAUGAGUCAAGCGACAGCCAAUUACAAACCUGCCACCGUCCAGCAAGUGGUGAUACAGUAUUACUUACCAGUGAUGAAGACAAAUCUAUGAGUACAAAUGAAGAAGAAUCUAAGAAUACAAAUGAAGAAGAAUCUAUGAGUACAAAUGAAGAAGAAUCUAAGAAUACAAAUGAAGUAGAAUCUAAGAGUACAAAUGAAGAAGAAUCUAAGAGUGUAAAUGAAGAAGACAGGGCUGAAGGGCAAAUGUACAUUGAAGAAAAGAUCCAUCCUGUCAACACAGAAAUAUAUUAUGGUCCUAAGCAGAACGAAGCAGUAUGAAAAUUAUGUCAUAGGAGAAAAUGAAAGAAAGAAGUCAAGUUGUUGGAAAAUACUAAUCUACCCUCGCAAAAAUGUGAAGAUGCAAAUCAGAAGAGGAUAGAGAAGUAGAAAAUAUUUAGUUUGACACAAACAGAACCCAUGAAUACCAACAUCAUAGUGGAAGAGAAAAAAAAUAUUGAGUUCAAAGAAGUGGAAAUGGAAAGGGUUCCUUUUUCGUGACUUUAGAGUGACAGAUUACCAAGAAUCAGGGGGCUACUGGUAGUAGAACAGUGGUGGAAUUAGUUGAAAUUUUACACAAGCAAGAGUCCAGAAACCUUGCAGACACUAAAAAAACAGACAUUUUCCGAUUUUGUUAAUAUUAGUUUGUUUAAAGGGUUGAGUUUGACAGAAUAUGUUCUUGCCAAGAAGGCGAAAUGUAAAGAAAUACACAAAGAUUGUAAUGCAUGUCCAAAGUGUUCACUUUUAAUUGAUGCUGCAUACAUAGUUCUUAACAAAGGCCCAGUAUCACUACCUUAUCUUUGGAAUAGAUUUUUCCCCAAUAUUCCAUACAAAAGUGGAAAAGCAAAACGAAAAAUUCUUCAAAUGCCAGUUUGUGCUUUAGUAUCUGGUUCAAUUUAUAUCACUGAGAAGAAAGAAACAUUCCAAGAAUAUAGCACCCUUCAAAACAAAAUACAGUCAAAUUUAAUUUCAAAGAAUAAAUCAUAUAUUCCAAGAGAGGACUAUGAGGCAAUAGUUUCCAUUGCACAAGGAGAACCUGAAAAGGAACUAUUAAAACAUACAUUGUGUAGUUCUCAGAAUAUUUCGAGAAGGGAAGCUAGUAAAGUGUAUGGGAUAUCAAAACUGAAAGAAAGAGCUGAUAAUAUUGACAAAACUGCAAUUGUUAUGAAGGAAAUAAGAGAGAGACAAUGUGCUUUGGCAAAAUUAGAGAAAAAACUUUUUUGCUUUCAUGUGGGGAAAACGUUGAUGAGUUCUUGA